CUCUGCCCUCAGGAUAACGUUUCCUCUUCUCUCUCCUCCACAGAUGCCGCCCUGCUUGGGCCGUGCGUGGCGGUGCUGAGGGGGCCGGAGCACCUGCCCUGCCGCUGAGCCCUGCCCGCCAUGGCCUCCCACGGCCCCAGCAUCGUCAUCUCGGACGAGGACAGCGGUGGGCCCCCUUCCCCCACGCCAGCCCGCCCCGUGCCACAGGAGAGCCCCCCCGGCUGCCCGGGCAGCAGCGCUGUGCCUGCCCUGCCGCCAGCCCUGCCGCCAGCCCUGCCUUCCUCCUGCAGUGUCGCCGCUGCCGCCAGGCCCCCGCCUCAGGCCAACGGCCGCCCAGGCCAGAGGAAGCCCCCACUUGGCAAGGACCCCGCCAGCCUCAAGGCCGAGAAUGAGCGGCUCUUUGCGGAGUUCAUGGCGUUCUGCUCUGAGCACACGCUGGACCACCCGGAGGUGAUGUCCUACCUGGCCGGCCGGCACCAGAAGACCAACCCGGACUUCCUGGCCUCGGUGGAGUUCUGCAACGUGCUGGCCCGCUGCCUGACGCGGGUGCAGGCCCGGCGGAGCAAGGUCUACGUCUACAUCAAUGAGCUCUGCACCGUCUUCCGGGCCCACUCCCAGAAGAAAAAGCUGACCCUAGGCCCCGCCGCCCGGGCCGCCCCCGAGAUGCCGGCCCCCGCCACCCAGGCCCCCCCCGAGACGCCGCCCCCUGCCGCCCCCGAGGCGCCCAAGCCCCGCGGGGCCUCCAAGCGGCGCAUCCAGGACCUGGAGAACCUGCUACGGGUUUACGCCAAGGAGAUCCGGCGGCUGCAGGAGCGGGAGCUGGACCUGGAGGAGCUGGGCCGGGCGGACUCGGCCUACCUGCUGGAGAGCCGCCUCAAGCGGCGCAUGAUGCGCGUCUUCCAGCGGCUCUGCGAGCUCAAGGGCUGCAACAGCCUGACGGGGCGGGUGAUCGAGCAGCGCAUCCCCUACCGCGGCACCCGCUACCCGGAGGUCAACCGCCGCAUCGAGCGCCUCAUCAACCGCCCCGAGGCCUUCCCGGACUACGCCGACAUCCUGAAGGUGGUGCAGAAGGCCAGCACGCGCCACAGCCUGGGCCUGCCCAAGCGCCAGAUGGAGGGCAUGGCCGCUGACGCCUUCCGCGACGUCGGCAACCGCCUGCAGGAGCGGCGGCACCUCGACCUCGUCUACAACUUCGGCAGCCACCUCACCGACGCCUACCGGCCCAAUACGGAUCCGGCGCUGGCCGACAGCGAACUGGCGCGGCGUCUGCGGCACAACCGGCAGCUGUCGGUGCAGCGCCUGGAGGAGGUGACGCUGCAGUUUGCGCAGCUGCAGGACCAGAGCGAGGAGGACGACUGGCGGCGGCGGUGCAGGCAGGGGGGCCGUGCCACUAGGCGGCGGCGGCAGGGGACCCCGCCCCAGGACGAGGCGGCGGCGGCCGGAGAGACCAACCAGGGCAGCUCAGGUCCACAGGGGGCCGCUCGGGCAGGCGAGGAAGAGGAGGACGAUGAAGAGGAGGAGGAGGAGGAGGAGGAGUCCUCUGAGUCGGACAUGGAGGCAGAACUGGAGGAGUCCCUAGAGGCCGGAGAGGAGGAGGAGGAGGAGGAGGAGGAAGAAGGCCCUGCACCAGAUGAGGAUCCCCCUUCCCCGGAGGCAGACCAACGCAUGGAGCUAGCGGCCAUGGAGCCGGUCCGCUACUCCUCCGCAGAAGACCUGGACGAGGAGGAGGACGAGGAGGAGGAGGAAGAAGCGGAAGGCGGCCCGCAGAAGCCUCCGGCAGCCCCGGCGCCUCGGCCCCCCAGGGACUCGCCCGCUCUCAGCAGCUCCCCCUCCCAGCAAUUCUUCUUGCAGAUCGAGGAGGCGCUUCCCCUAGAGGCGGGCGAGACCCCCCCACCCUCCCCGCCGCCGCCCCCCUCCCCGCCACGGCAGACUGAGCUGGGGGCCGCCCUCCCUGCCCCUCAGCCCAAGCAGAAGUCCCGGGCGCCCCUCAAGCGCAGCUGGUCCCUGGAGGCAGAGCGAGGGGGCUCCCCCCGAACGGACGUCAACGGGCAGCCGCCCCCCAGCAAGAGGAGCAGGCCGGAGCAUCGGGUGUCCAACAGCAGCUGCAUCGAGGUGCUCAGCGCAAGCGAGGAAGACGAGGAGGAGGAGGAGGAGGGGCUGCUCCGCUCCCUGGCCGAUUCCACCUGCGCUGACUCCCCCGGCCUGGGCUUGGUCACGAGUUCCCAGGGCAGCCCUCCGCACCAGCUGCACCUCCUGACCAAGACCAGCGUGGCGACCCAGUGUGACCCAGAGGAGAUCAUCGUCCUCUCCGACUCGGAUUAGCCACACACACCCCAGCCGUCCGCCUGCGUGUGCCACAGCCCCCGCUGAGAGGACAUGGA